AUGGAUCAUGCUGAACAGUUUGACAUAGAUAAAGAAGCAGGCGAAAGGCAGAUAUACCACCGGUACUGCAUGGAACGGGCAUCGGUACACUGUGCCCACGUGUUCACCACGGUCUCUCACAUAACAGCCAUAGAAGCGGAACACAUGCUCAAAAGAGCAGCCGAUGUUGUCACCCCCAACGGUCUGAACAUUAAGAAAUUCUCGGCCAUGCAUGAGUUCCAGAAUUUGCAUGCCACCUGCAAAUCAAGGAUCCAAGAGUUCGUUCGGGGCCAUUUCUAUGGCCAUCUUGAUUUCAACCUUGAAAGGACCUUGUUUUUCUUCAUCGCGGGGAGAUACGAGUUUUCGAACAAAGGGGCUGACAUGUUUCUGGAGGCCUUAUCUAGAUUAAACUUCCUACUGAGGGUCCACAGGAGUGACAUCACGGUCAUCGUGUUCUUCAUAAUGCCAGCACACACCAACAAUUUCAACGUGGAAACUUUGAAAGGCCAGGCAGUCCGAAAGCAGCUCUGGGACACUGCACAUUCUGUGACGGAGAAGUUUGGCAAGAAGCUCUAUGACGCUCUAUUAAGAGGAGAAAUUCCCGAUAUGAACAAGAUCCUGGAUCGUGACGAUCUGACCAUCAUGAAACGAGCCAUAUAUUCAACCCAGCGACAGAGCCUGCCUCCCGUGACAACCCACAACAUGAUCGAUGAUUCCAGUGACCCCAUCCUCAGCACCAUUAGACGGAUCGGUCUUUUCAACAACCGGACGGAUCGGGUUAAGGUGAUACUGCACCCCGAAUUCCUUUCUUCAACUAGCCCAUUAUUACCCAUGGACUAUGAGGAGUUCGUCAGAGGUUGCCACCUUGGUGUCUUCCCAUCAUACUAUGAGCCCUGGGGCUAUACUCCUGGUAUUUACAUCGUGGAUAGGAGAUUCCGCUCCCCAGAUGAGUCUUGCAACCAGCUGACGCAGUUCCUUUAUGGAUUCUGCCAGCAAUCACGACGACAACGAAUCAUCCAGAGAAACCGAACGGAGAGGCUCUCAGACCUGCUGGAUUGGAGAUAUCUAGGAAGGUUUUAUAUGCAUGCCAGGCAUUUGGCUCUCAGUCGGACAUUUCCCGAAAAGUUUGAGGUUGAACCAAAUGCUCCGCCAAAGACGGAAGGAUUCCGGUACCCGCGUCCUUCAUCAGUACCCCCCUCGCCCUCCGUUUCUCAGCACAACAGCCCCCACCAAAGUGACGAGGAGGCUGAGGAUGAAGAUGAACGGUACGAUGAAGAGGAAGAGGCUGAGAGGGACAGGCAGAACAUAAAGUCUCCAUUCUCCCUCAGCGUUAUGCCCCAUGGGAAAAAGAAGCAACAUGGAGAAUACAGGAACUGAUGGCUUAUCCCUUGCUUGGAUGGCACCCUUUCCAUUGCGUUCAUGUCACCUUAAAGGUCAAGGGGAUGCAAGCUGACAUAAAGGGAAUAUAAAUGAAUGUGAUGUAAGCGAAGCUUCUGAGAUAUUUCGAAUUCCUUCCCCUACUGCCACUUAUACAUAGUUCUGAUGCUAUGUUUUCCCUUCCUGCUCCUGUUUUCAAAGGAAAAAUAAGGAACGUAGAAGAAGAUAUUAAACCUGAGGGCUGCGUGCUGGCUUUCACAUUUGUGGCCCUGGUAUCUUGUCCCUGGAGAAAGAGGAAGGACGGAGUGUGGUGUGACCUGCAGACUAAUAGGAGAAGAAAACCGGUGUUGCUAGAGUUGCUGCUAAGCCAGUCCUAGUCAUGAAAAUUAAAUCGAGCUCAUAUUCUGCAAGAACUCAGAUGCUCCUGCCUGCCUCUGUAAAAAGUUGUUUUUCCAGUAGUCCAAGACUGGGUCCAGCUUUUUUAGGAUGCUGGCUGGUAUUAUCGGGAGGACCAGAUAGGACAAUUUCUAGAAUUACCAUUAGUGGGUACACUGGGCUACAUUUCAACUUUCUGCCUGUUCUGAAAACCCUUUAACCAUUUUGAUUUCCCAUCAGGGAAGUGCAACCCUCUUGAUAGAUUUCUAAUUUGGUGUUUCAAAUUAGAUAUUUGGUUGCAGGAUUAGAUCCACUUCUAGAAAUACAUUACCCCGCUGCCACGGUUUCCCUAAAGUCAUAUCGAUCAGACAUAGCCAAUGUCCUCCUGCAGCCUUUUAAAGACAGAAUAUUAAUACCUAGCUAAAAUGAAACAAAAUGAAAAGAUAAGCUGAUGAUAUGAAAAGCAAAUAUCAAAGCCAGCACACAGCUUUCUUGAGCAUAAAGCAUAGGCACUGGUCGCCUACCACCAUUCCUCAUGUUGUAGAUUAAAACUAAAUAUGUUUAAGUAACGAGACAAAAAGUGAAUGUAUUCAUUAUAGGCUCUUAGAAGAGACAUCCUUUUCAGGAAUGAACUGUUCUCUGGCCAUCCUGUAAUUUCAACUAUCAUUUCUCCCUCCAGGCUAAGUUAAGGGGGGGAAAGGAGAUCCAUUGCAUCAUGGAUGCAGAACUGCUUUCAGCCUGACAGCCAAAUUCCAUUUCAGAGAAGGGUUUGGGAGCUCUAUUCCAGUUGUGGGUGGCAAAAGGGGGCAAGACCAAAGGAAAGGGAGCUGGGAAAAGCACCAGGAUUGCCAGCAAAUUUUAGCUUAAAGCUCUUCCUGCCAGCAAAGCAAGUAAGUCUUAAAAGGAGAGGCAUUGAACCCUUCAGAAUUGGGUGGAGAGGAGAAUGGAACAGAGGCCAAGAAACAAGGAUACGACUAGUGGUUGGAGGAAACAGAGUAGGCCUGUCUGAUGUUCUGCAUCCUUGUGUUAGGUAGGCUCGCCAUGCAUUCCUAUACAUGUCUACUCAGAAGUAAACCCUACUGUUUUCACAUUAACAGUUGCUUGUGUAUAGAACUGCAGGUUGAAUUUUAUAACAGUCAUUAAGACACUGGUUUGCAAAAAUCUAAACUAUUGUAUCUGAAAUUCUCAGCCUGAGAUUAUUUAUUCUGCUGAUCAAGAAUUCUUCAACUAAGAGCCUGACCCUUCAUUCUGUAACACACACACAUUUCCACUCACUCACUCAGUCACUCAAUCACUCACUCACUCACUCACACAACCUUCUCUAAAAAUGGCUGAUAUUUAUUUUGAAAGUUAAAGUUUAAUUUUUUGCCGUUUUUCCAUUUGCCUCUCUC